AUGGCGUUCAAUAGGUGUCACUCGUGCCAACUUGUCACGAAUGGCAUUCUAGUAAAGAAUAUAGUGGAGUUAAUUAAGAAGCGGCACAAAGAUGAGCUAGAGCGAAAAAGAGUUAAGGCGCAGCGAAAUCGUCGACCAUAUAGAGGACCCAUAAGGAUAUACACAGCUACAAAGGACAGUCUCAGAAGUCUUAGGAUCGCUAUGAAGCUUGGUGUAUGCGCUUGUGGGAGAGGACGAAACAUCAAUAAGCUACUUCGAUACAAGAAUCUCCUAGUGUAG